AUGAUUCCUUGUGCAAAGUCUAAAUUAUUUCCCGUUCUUCAUAUUUUAGCAUUUACAACGGAUUAUUAUAGUUUAUCAGAGCGGCAUAAGGCUUUAAUACCGGAACAUUUGACCAGAUUAAAUAAAGUCGACCAAGCAAUUUCAAAAAAUUAUCAUGUAUUAAAACAGAUAUUAGCUGAUGGUAAAUUAUUUGCUGGAGAAGAAAAUAAGAAUAGUUUCAAUAAUUAUGAUAAAGGCGUAGAUCAAGUAACCGAGUUCGAUAUGGAUAAAUUAAGAAGUACUAUUAAACAAUUUGUAAGAGAAUGGGCAAUUGAGGGUCAACCUGAAAGAGAUGCUGCGUAUAAACCUUUACUUGACGCGUUAAAUGAGUCUUUUAAAGAUAUUUCUAAAGAAGAAAGGGCAUCUAUCCGCGUCCUAGUUCCUGGUGCUGGAUUAGGACGCUUAGCCUUUGAUAUCGUACAGCAAGGAUUUAGCUGUCAAGGAAACGAAUUUUCAUUCUUUAUGUUAUUAGCAUCACAUUUUAUUUUAAACAGGAUGGAGAGGGUUCACCAGUAUGAAAUUUAUCCGUAUAUUCAUUCUUUCUCCAAUAUCGUUUGUUCGGAUGAUCAAUUAAAACCCAUUUUCAUACCAGAUAUAUUACCUAGCAACGUUCCACCGAAUUCAAAUUUUUCAAUGGUAGCGGGUGAUUUCAUUGAAGUUUAUGGAGAGGAACAGCAUACGGAAAAAUGGGAUUGUUUGGUCACUUGUUUUUUCGUUGAUACGGCUAAAAAUAUUUUAGAGUAUAUGGAAAUAUUUCAUCGAAUUUUGAAAGCUGGAGGAUUAUGGAUUAAUCUUGGUCCAUUAUUGUAUCAUUACGAAAACUCUCCUGGCGAGAUGUCAAUUGAAUUAAGUUUGGAUCAAGUUAAAUUUGCUGCAAAGGAUAUUGGAUUUCGAUUUCAGGACGAGAGAAUCAUAAAUACUACUUAUACCUCGAAUCCAAAUGGGAUGCUAAA